CUUUUCCUUCAGAGCUGAGGAGCUAGAGUCGCCGCCGGGUUGCCAGACGCUGGAAUGGGUGGUCUCCCGACACACACCACCAUUUUUCUCGCGCUCGGAAAGCUCAGGGUUCGGCGGCUCCCAGAGGCUGCAGAGGCGGCUCAGGCGAGGCGGGAAUAGGCAAGUCAAGAGGCUGAAAAUCUGAAGAAUGUUUCCAAAGGGGAAUCUAGCUGUCACUUGCUGGGUAUGGAGGAUCAUGAAGAAGCUAUUUCUAUUACUUUCUCUCUUGCUGUCCCAUGCAGCUCAUUUGGAAGGCAAAAAGGAUAAUCAGUUCGUCUGGAAACCAGGGCCCUGGGGAAGGUGUACAGGAGACUGUGGGCCAGGAGGAGUCCAGACUCGGGCACUGUGGUGUUUCCAUUUUGAAGGGUGGACAAGUCACCUGUCCAACUGUGAUGAGAACAACAGGCCUCCAAAGGAAAGAAAUUGCUUCCGAGUGUGUGACUGGCAUGGCGACCUCUUCCAGUGGGAGGUGUCUGACUGGCACCGCUGCGUGCUUGUUCCCGCCGCCCAUGACCACGCCAAACCCCGGACUGCAGAGUGCGUGACCGCUCAGCAUGGGCUGCAGCACAGGACAGUGCGCUGUAUCCAGAAGCUGAACAGAACCAUGGCUGCAAAGGAAAUUUGUGAACACUUUGCCCCUCAGCCCCCCACUGAACAAGCUUGCCUCAUUCCUUGCCCCCGGGAUUGUGUGGUAUCUGAGUUCUCACAGUGGUCCAAGUGUAGCAGAGGAUGUGGGAAGCAAGUGCAGCACAGAACUCGCAAGGCCAUUGCGCCCCCGCUCUACGGAGGGUCCCCGUGUCCCAAUCUGACUGAGUCGCGGACCUGUGACAUGCCCCUUUCCUGCCCUCUUGGGGAAGAGGAAUAUACUUUUAGCCUUAAAGUUGGACCAUGGAGUAAAUGUAGACUGCCUCCUCUGAAAGAAAUUAACCUAAGUGGAAGAACUGUUGUGGAUUUUAGUUCUGAUUCUAAGGAGCGAGUCACCUUUCGACAUCAAAGUUACAAAUCCCAUCACCACUCCAAGCCCUGGGACAUAGAGAUAGGUUUUCAAACCCGGCAGGUUUGGUGUACACGAAGUGACGGAAAAAAUGCUAUGCUAAGCCUUUGCAUGCCAGACUCCUUCCCCUUAACUGUUCAGUCCUGCAUCAUGCCCAAGGACUGUGAAACCACCGAGUGGUCUUCCUGGAGCCCCUGCUCUAAGACGUGUCGUUCAGGAAGUCUCUCACCAGGAUUUAGGAGCAGAAGCCGGAAUGUGAAGCAUAUUGCUCUUGGUGGUGGAAAGGAUUGCCCUGAACUUUUGGAGAAGGAGGCCUGCAUUGUCAAAGAAUCUUUGCAGUCAUGUCCCAGGUAUUCCUGGAGGACAUCUGAGUGGAAAGAAUGCCAAGUGUCUCUUCUCCUCGAGCAGCAGGACCCCCACUGGCAUGUGACAGGACCCGUUUGUGGUGGUGGCUUCCAGACCCGAGAGGUCUACUGUGCCCAGAGCAUACCAGCAUUUGCUGCACAGAGGGCCAAGGAAGUUUUGAGGCCUGUGGAAAAGACAUUAUGUUUGGGACCUGCCCCUCCGGCCUCUCAGCUUUGCAAUAUCCCUUGCUCUACAGACUGCAUUGUGUCUUCCUGGUCAGCCUGGGGCCUGUGCAUUCAUGAAAACUGCCAAGAUCCUCAGGGGAGAAAAGGAUAUAGAAUGAGACGACGACAUGUCCUCAUGGAACCGACAGGAUCUGAGGGGCAUUGUCCUCAUCUGGUGGAAUCUGUUCCUUGUGAGGACCCCAUGUGUUACCGAUGGCUGGCAACUGAAGGGAUCUGUAUUCCUGAGCAUGGCAAAUGUGGCCUGGGGCAUCGCAUCCUGAAAGCUGUCUGCCAGAAUCACCAAGGAGAAGAUGUAUCAGGGGUUCUCUGUCCGGCUUCUCCGCCUCCUGAACGGAUGGCUUGUGAAAUCCCCUGCCGAAUGGAUUGUGUGGUAAGCGAGUGGACAGAGUGGUCAUCCUGCUCCCAGUCUUGUUCAAAUAAAAAUUCAGAUGGAAAACAGACCAGGUCAAGGACUAUCCUUGCACUCUCUGGAGAAGGUGGGAAGCCAUGCCCCCCUAGUCAGACUCUCCAAGAACACCGUUCAUGCAAUGAUCAUUCCUGUGUGCAGCUCUACUGGGAGACUUCACCGUGGGGCCCCUGUUCUGAAGACACUUUAGUAACUGCCCUUAAUGCAACCAUUGGCUGGAGUGGAGAAGCAACAUGUGGUGUGGGCAUUCAGACUCGGAGGGUCUUCUGUGUUAAGAGUCACAUGGGACAAGUUACAACCAAAAGAUGCCCAGAAUCUACUCGGCCUGAAACAGUGCGCCCCUGUCUUCUUCCAUGCAGAAAAGAUUGCAUGGUGACAGCUUUCAGUGAGUGGACACCCUGCCCAAGUUUAUGCCAGCCAGGAAAUGCAACAAUAAAACAGUCUCGACACAGGAUUAUCAUCCAAGAAGCAGCCAAUGGAGGCCAAGAAUGCCCAGAUACCUUAUUUGAAGAGCGAGAGUGUGAAGAUGUGUCAUUGUGUCCCAUGCAUCGGUGGAAGCCACAGAAAUGGAGCCCUUGUAUCUUGGUACCAGAGUCUGUCAGACAGGGAAUAAUGGGCACCAGCGAAGCCUGUGGAAAGGGGGUACAAAUAAGAGCCGUCUUAUGCAUCUCUGAUGAUAACCAGUCAGCAGAAAUGAUGGAAUGUCUCAAACAAACAAAUGGCAUGCCUCCCCUUGUGCAAGAGUGUAUGGUCCCGUGUCGAGAUGACUGUACCUUCACUGCUUGGUCCAAAUUUACACCCUGCUCCACCGAUUGUGAAACAGCCCGAAGUAGAAGACGACAGCUCACUGGGAAGAGCAGGAAGAAGGAGAAAUGCCAGGAUGCUGACCUGUACCCACUGGUGGAAACAGAGCCAUGUCCUUGUGAUGAGUUUAUAUCUCAGCCUUAUGGAAACUGGUCUGAGUGCAUUCUUCCCGAAGGCAGGAGGGAACCUAAGCGAGGAUUAUCAGUACAGAGAGACAGCAAAGAAUGCGGAGAAGGAACGCGCUUCCGAGCAAUAGCCUGCUCUGAUAAAAAUGGAAGACCUGUGGACCCCUCCCACUGCAACAGCUCUGGUUAUAUUCAAGAGGAAUGUACCAUCCCCUGUCCAUUUGAUUGCAAGUUAAGCGAUUGGUCUAGCUGGGGAUCUUGCAGUUCAUCUUGUGGGAUUGGAGUGAGAAUUCGAUCCAAAUGGUUAAAAGAAAAACCUUACAAUGGAGGUCGCCCAUGUCCCAAGCUGGAUCUCAAGAAUCAGGCUCAGGUGCAUGAGGCAGUCCCGUGUUACAGUGAGUGCAAUCGCUACUCCUGGGUGGCGGAACACUGGUCUCCCUGCAAAAUCCACAGUGAGCUGCGGUCCCUGCGUUGUGGAGGAGGAACGCAAUCUAGGAAAAUCAGAUGUGUGAGCACUGGGGACAGUGAAGGUAGAACCGUGGAUAACAGGCUCUGCAACCAGGAGGAAAUUCCACCGGAAGCCCAGUCCUGCUCCCUGCUCUGUCCCAGUGAAUGUGUCAUGUCUGAUUGGGGACCCUGGAGCCAGUGCCCACAGUCAUGUGAUCCCCAUUCAAUGCAGAGAAGAACUCGCCAUCUGCUGAGGCCUUCGCUGAGCUCAAGGACGUGUGCUGAAGACUCACAGGUGCGGCCUUGUCUCCUCAAUGAAAACUGCUUCCAGUUCCAGUACAACCUAACAGAGUGGAGCAUGUGCCAGCUCAGUGAAAAUGCCACCUGCGGACAAGGUGUCAGGACCCGGCUUCUGAGCUGUGUGCGCAGUGACGGCCAGUCAGUCAGCAUGGACCAAUGCGAGCAGAAUAACUUGGAGAAGCCCCAGAAAAUGAGCAUCCAUUGCCUGGUGGAAUGUGUGGUCAACUGUCAGCUCUCAGGGUGGACAGCCUGGACAGAGUGUUCACAGACUUGUGGCCAAGGAGGUCGAAUGAGCCGGACUCGAUUUAUCAUUAUGCCAACCCAAGGAGAAGGACGGCCAUGCCCCACAGAGCUUACCCAGCAGAAAACCUGCCCAGUGACCCCUUGCUACAGCUGGGUCCUUGGCAACUGGUCUGCAUGCAAAUUGGAGGGUGGAGACUGCGGGGAAGGAGUCCAGAUCCGAAGCCUUUCCUGCAUGGUCCAUAAUGGCUCCAGCACUCACACGGCUGUACGCGUAGAUGACGCCCUGUGUGGAGACAUGCCCUUCCAGAACAGCAUCCUGAAGCAGCCCUGCUCUGUGCCUUGUCCAGGCGAUUGUCAUUUAACAAAGUGGUCAGAGUGGAGCACGUGUGAAUUAACCUGCAUUGACGGAAGAAGCUUCGAGACAAUGGGCCGCCAGUCUAGGUCAAGGACAUUUAUAAUUCAGUCUUUUGAGAACCAAGACAGCUGCCCCCAGCAGGUGCUGGAAACACGCCCUUGUACAGGAGGCAAAUGUUACCAAUACACAUGGAAAGCAAGUCUUUGGAACAAUAAUGAACGAACUGUGUGGUGCCAGCGUUCAGACGGCAUUAAUGUCACAGGAGGCUGCUCCCCUCAAGCACGUCCUGCUGCUAUUCGGCAGUGCAACCCAGCCUGCAGAAAACCUUUCUCCUACUGUACACAGGGUGGAGUCUGUGGUUGUGAAAAGGGUUAUACGGAGAUAAUGAGAUCAAAUGGUUUCCUGGAUUAUUGCAUGAAAGUACCUGGCUCUGAGGAUAAAAAAGCUGAUGUGAAAAACCUUUCCGGAAAAAACAGACCUGUGAAUUCAAAAAUCCAUGAUAUUUUUAAAGGAUGGUCUCUUCAACCCCUUGAACCAGAUGGCCGAGUGAAAAUGUGGGUUUAUGGCGUUUCAGGUGGCGGUUUUCUUAUCAUGAUUUUCCUAGUAUUUACUUCCUACCUUAUUUGCAAGAAGCCAAAACCACAUCAAAGCACACCUCCCCAACAAAAGCCUCUGACCUUAGCCUACGAUGGAGACUUAGACAUGUAACCUGAAAAGAAAUCCAAAUGUAGACAUCAACUGCCUUAACCGCUUCUCUUUUGUAGCUCUCAGACUUCUCAGUUUUUUGAGGAAUCUCACAAUGUGACAUGUUGGGCAGAAUACAAAUAUUGCAAAAGUAAUAUUGCCUCAACUUCAUUUGGACAUGGAGUCAAAGAUUAGUAGAUCUGCCAUUUUGCUUUCAAAUUGUUUGUGGGUGUGAGUUUAAGUUUUUAGAUUUUCCCAAAGGAUCUGAAACCCUUCUCUUCCUGUUUGGAAACAAGAAGAAAACAUGAUGGAAUUCCCACAGACUUGAGGAAACUCUUCAGCAGCAUGAUGACAAUCCAGAGGAAAGUCGAACCAAGGCAUUUACUGUCAAUGAUGAGUCUGACACUGCAUUGUUACGCACUAUAUUAGUGCAAGUCUAUCCCUCCCAUACUUCAACACUGAGUUUUCUAGAGUUUACAUUAGUUCAAAGACUUUCAAAUUGGAUUGCCUAUUUUCAUGAACACAGAGAGGAUAGGUAACCAUUUCAGAAAUUCUCUGAGUUUUUACCUUUAAAGAUUGUAUUUUGUUUUGUAGUCUGGGAUGAUGGCACUUCACAGGUUGCAUCUAUUGAAAAUGAAAUGGAGUGUGUGUAACUGACUAGAUGAAAGCUACAUGGUUUCUGAAUGGAAUGUGUAUGGAAUGUAAGAAUGUACAAAUGAAAUAGGUGGUUAUGUUGAAUGAGGUAGAUUAUUUGGUUACUGAAACUGUAUUUUAACACAUACUUAAGUCAUGUAGAUAUAGCAUUAACCACAUACAGUUGUGAUUCAGUUUAAUGAUGACAAACUCUGCUUUUGUAAUUUCAAUUUUCUUAUCUGGAUAUUUAUAAAUUCUUUUUUUGAAGUUAUUAUCUGACCUCAUUUAAUAUGCAUCAAACACCGAUCCUGUUUGUAGCAAGUCUUGCUUUUAUAAGGUUUCAAUAUCUGAGUCAACACAUUAAAACGUUGAAACCAUUUUAUGAAGAUAAUUGUUUAUAACUGUAGAUGUUGAAAGUAAGAAGGUGCCAUCUUGUGGUGACUUGUAUUUAUAACAAAUAAAGUGCUCAAGAGAUUG